CGCACGGAGCACUUCAAACGGAUUCCGCAUGCAUCACGGUGCGCCACGGCCAGAGCGGGUACAGGGGCCACACUGAGACAGAGCGCGUGCGUGCCUGUUGAUACAUCGUAUGUGUGUAUUCUUUGCCUGCUCCACCCACGAGCAGCCGCGCGCACAUUUCUUAAAAGCAGAGGCUCGAGGCACUCGAUCCGGCGGCACCCCCGAAGGCGCACGCGGACGCUGGCAGCACAGAACAAUUUGACUCUCGUUUCGAAUAUCACAGAGUCCAUGGCUGCCUACGCACACAGCAGCUGCAUGUGGAUGUUGGUACUGGGCGCGUGCGUGUCGCAGGGGCUCGGAUCGGACUGCGGGAGGGAGUGCGCUCUGUGCGUGUACCGCUCGCUAGGACAGCAGUCGGGUUUCUCGUCUCUGACAUGUACACUUGAGUGCGAUGGUGGAUUGGACAGUAAGAAACUCCGUCAAUGCGAGGACCUCCUAUUGGAGGAGGAAAACCAGGUUGCCCUGGAUGAUGAUUCUCAUCAACAGCAGGAACACGAAUCAGCAGGAUCCAUGAUGGCCGACGAUGAAGAGGUCACAUCACCAGGGAACCAGAUGGCAAAGAAGUACGGUGGCUUCAUGAAGCGCUAUGGUGGGUUCAUGUCACGUAGGUCCUCCUCUCCAAAGGGGGUACUGGAGGAUCCUGGAAAUCAUGAUGGGGAAGAAAACGUUCGCUUGGAGAUCCUAAAGCUCCUCAACUCAGCUGUUGACAAUGGAAGUGAGCAAGAAGGUCAGGGAGGUGAGGCCGUGAAGCGCUAUGGGGGCUUCAUGCGUCGAGCUGAAGCUGGGUUGAUACAGAGCAACCUGCUGGAGGCAGUGUUAGGCCGUGGGCUCAAGAAGCGAUAUGGAGGCUUCAUGAGGCGUGUGGGCAGGCCUGAGUGGCUGGUGGACAGCAGCAAAAGCGGAGGGGGGUUGAAACGGGCCUGGGAAAAUGGCAGUGAGGUACAGAAAAGGUAUGGGGGAUUUAUGGAUUAAGAUGCCAUAGCAUUGGUUCUUCAGUCCCCCCCAUCCCGUCAUUUCCCUGUCCUCAGCCCUUCACAUCGUUGUCUGGACUUGUUGCUGUUUAAAUCAAGUGUCCCUCUGCUGAUUAUAUUGUGCUAUCUGGCUUUGUAUAACAUGGCGCUGCCUACUUCAUGGAAUGUAAUGGUUCUGUAAUGGAAAAAAAAACAAAUGUAAAAUGUAUGAUUAUAUAUAUAUAUAUAUAUAUAUAUAUAUAUAUAUAUAUAUAUAUAUAUAUAUAUAUCUAUAUAUAUAUAUAUAUAUAUAUAUAUAUAUAUAUAUAUAUAUGAUGGGACAUUUUGGAACCUUUUUUGGGUUGUCAUAACUUUAUUAUUUAUUAAAAGAAUCUGUUGAUGGA